AUGUGUAAAAAAAUCCUCCCUACAAGAGAUAAGCUUCAAGGAAUAAUUCAAGAUGAGAACUACAACUGUCCAUUUUGUUCUCAUGAACUGGAAACUGCAGCUCAUAUUAUUUUGGAUUGUCCCUUCUCCAAAGCCAUCUGGUUUGCUCUUAUGGGUCUUCACAUUGAACAAGGUACCUUGCUUGCAGAUUGGAUAUGUGCAAUGUUUGAUAAAUUAUUUGUCAAACAAUUACAGGAAUAUGAUCUGUGCAAGAUAGCAAUCAUAGCUUGGUGCAUCUGGAUUUCUAGGUGUGAUGUUGUCUUCAAAGGAAUUGCACCUUCUGUGGAAAAUAUCAUUCAGAGAUGCAAAAGAGAAUUUGCAGUCUUAGAUUAUCAGCCCAUGAAAAACCACAAAACUCUAGAACCACAAAAUAGAAUAAAUCUUCACUGGAAGCCACCUUUGAUGAAUUACUUUAAAAUUAAUUCUGAUGGUUCUUUUAGUUCUACUACUAAUACUGGAGGAAUUGGUCUAAUUUGUCGUGAUUUUGCAGGUACGCAUCAUGGAUCAAAAUGCUUCUACUUAACCAAGGCGCAUAGUCCAGUACAAGCUGAGAGUAAAGCUUUAUGGGAGGCAAUGCAAUGGGCAUUGGAGAAAAAUCUGGAGAAAGUCAUUUUUGAGCUGGAUGCAAAGCUUGUGGUGGAUGCAGUCUUGGGAGUUUCUAUAAACAUUGACUGGAGAUUACAUAAUUUGAUCUUAGAAAUAAAAAGCUUAUUAAGUUCACAUUCCUUUUGGAAAUGCUGCUAUGUGCCAAAAGAGAAAAAUAAAAUUGCAGACACUCUUUCUAAAUUAGCUAGAACUCAAUGUAUAAGUAGUGUUUGGAUUAUAGCUCCUCCGGUUGAAAUCAUGGAUCAACUGAAUAAGGAUGCACAUAAUGUAACCGCUAUUUAA